GAUUGAAUCGAUUCUUACUUUCGAUGAUAAACUUUUGAGGUUAUGUUUUGAUUUUCCUAGCAUGCUUGACAGCAAGGUGUGUCAUUAUCUAUUAUUAUUACUUGUAAAAUCAGAGUACCGUGAAUACGUGCUAUAAUAUUUAGUUUAUGUUGGUUCUGAAAGAUGACUGAGAUCAAGGAAGAAGACUGGUUCCUUCCAGAACAGAAAUACGAAUAUCUGGAUCACACCGCUGAUAUGCAAAUCCACUCAUGGGGUAACACAGUUGAAGAAGCGUUCGAACAGUGUGCGAACGGCCUGUUCGGUUGUAUGACAGAGAUAGAGUAUGUGGAGAUGGCCGAAACACAGGAGAUUGAAGCCGAGGGUCAUGACAUGCUCUCUCUCUUGUUUCACUUUCUAGACGAAUUUCUGUCUCUUUUCAGUGCCGAGCCUUAUUUCAUUGCUAGGAAAGUGAAGAUCCUAGAAUUCGACAAAGAACAGUUCAGGAUAAAGGCUAUAGGGUUUGGAGAGCAGUUUACAAUCGGAAAACAUCCACAGAGAUCUGAGGUGAAGGCAAUCACAUACUCUAACAUGCAAGUUAAUAAAACCGAUGACGGACUCACCCAUAUUCAUGUAAUUGUUGACAUUUAAAUAAUAAUUUUAUUAUAAAACA